UUACUGUAUGUAUCAUGUGUGUAUAUUUAUUUAUCUAUAUAUACAUAUAUCUAUGCUUGUAUGCUUUGCUCACGGUACAAGAUCAUAGCAGUAUAGCAAAUUAACCAAUACGCCUGCGGCACGAAUCCAUCCAUUCAAUUAUCUCUCUCUCUCUGUGGGUGUGUUUGUGUUCCAUUAUCUACUAGAAUGGAGCUGGGAAGCAUUCUUCAUUUUCUUGCGGACAAGUCCAUUCUUGUCACCGGUGCCACUGGUUUUCUGGCAAAGAUUUUUGCUGAGAAGAUUCUUAGGGUUCAACCAAAUGUGAAGAAGCUUUAUCUUCUUUUAAGGGCAGCAGAUUCAAAGUCUGCUAUGCAACGUUUCAACACCGAGGUGAUAGCAAAGGAUUUGUUCAGGGUUCUUAAAGAGAAAUGCGGUAGAAAUCUAAACUCCUUUAUUUCGCAAAAAGUUGUGGUUGUGCCUGGUGACAUUGCCUGUGAGAACUUGGGAGUUAAAGACACAGAUUUGUUGAAGGAGAUGUGGAAAGAAGUUGAUGUUGUAGUUAAUUUAGCAGCCACUACAAACUUUGAUGAAAGAUAUGAUGUUUCACUAGACAUUAAUACAUUUGGAGCUGUGCAUGCUUUGAAUUUCUCCAAAAAAUGUUCCAAAUUAAAGGUUCAUGUUCAUGUAUCUACAGCAUACGUUAGUGGGGAAAAAGAGGGACUCAUAUCUGAGACUCCAUACUACUUGGGUGAGACACUUAAUGGGACAAGUGAACUCGAUAUUGAUAGAGAGAGAGAAGUGGCGGAAGAAACAUUAAAGCAGCUAAGGGUCGAGGAUUCUUCACAAGAAUCUAUUAAAUCAGCCAUGAAAGACUUGGGGAUUCAAAGAGCAAGGAAAUAUGGAUGGCCAAAUACCUAUGUUUUCACCAAGGCAAUGGGAGAGAUGCUGUUGGGGCACAUGAAAGAAAAUAUGCCUCUUGUCAUCAUUCGUCCUACCAUUGUUUCCAGUACUUACAAAGAACCCUUCCCAGGUUGGGUAGAGGGAAUCAGAACCAUCGAUAGCUUAGCUGUUAGUUAUGGCAAAGGAAGACUAACAUGUUUCCUUGGUGAUCCCACGACCGUAAUUGAUUUGAUCCCAGCAGACAUGGUGGUGAAUGCAAUGAUUGUAGCCAUGGUUGCUCAUGCAAAUCAACCAAAUGAGACCAUAUACCAUAUCGGAUCUUCUUUAUCAAACCCUAUGGACAGUACAAUGUUUCAGGAAUAUGGCCUCCAAUACUUCACCAAGCACCCUUGGAUUGACAAGGAAGGCAAACCUGUCAUUGUUGGCAAGGUCAAAGUGCUAAGCACAAUGGAUAAUUUCCGAUCAUACAUAACGAUUCGCUACUUGCUCCCACUAAAGGGAUUACAAUUACUGAAUGCAGCGUGUUGCCAAUACUUCCGGAACGAGUAUCUUAAUAUGUACAGAAAGAUCAAAUACGUUAUGAGGUUGAUUGAUCUUUAUCAACCUUAUUUGUUCUUCAAAGGAGUCUUUGAUGAUAUAAACACAGAAAAACUGCGAAGGGCAGCAAAAGAAAGCAACGUUGAGACAGAUAUUUUCUACUUUGAUCCUAAAUCCAUUAAGUGGGGUGACUACUUCAUGGGCAUUCACCUUCCAGGGAUAGUAAAAUACUUAUUCAAAUGAAGAUUUCAACUUGUAACAAGUUCCAUAUGAGCACUGUCAUUACAUUUCUCAUUUUCUUCAUUUUAUGCCAUGUAAUCAUUUAUAAUAGGCAGCUUUGGAUUUGUUAAAUAAGAGUUUAGGGAUUUCAAAUUGUAUCCACGUAUGUUAUAAAAAGCUAGUUCUUGUUUUUUAA